AUGGCUUCUUCUUCUUCUUCUUCAUCAUCUUCAAAGGGUUUGGAUGAAGAAGAGAGACCUCAUGUUUUAGCUGUUGAUGACAGUUUAGUGGACCGCAAAUUGAUUGAGAGGCUUCUCACCAACUGCGCAUGCAAAGUGACUACAGCAGAGAACGGGCAGAGAGCAUUGGAGUUUCUGGGUUUGGGAGAUGGACAACACACUGUUGACAACAGUGACUUGAAGGUAAACUUGAUAAUUACCGACUACUGUAUGCCAGGAAUGACGGGAUAUGAGCUACUUAAAAAAGUUAAGGAAUCGUCUAACUUGAGAGAGAUACCUGUAGUAAUUGUGUCAUCUGAAAACGUCCCAACCCGAAUCAACAAGUGUUUGGAAGAAGGAGCUCAAGAGUUCAUGCUAAAACCUCUCAAGCAAUCGGAUGUUAAGAAACUGAGAUAUUACAUGAUGCGAUUAGGCCAACCUUGUAAUGGGAUGCUUUGCAUGGGAAGGUAA